AUGAAGCUUGAUAGUUACUUGCAGUUGUUUUUUCUCGGUUGCUUCUACUUUUCUUGGUUUUUGAGUUCUCCAGCUGAAGCUGUGAGGAAGUAUCAGUUUGAUAUAAGAGUGAAGAAUGUGAGCAGGCUUUGCCAUGCAAAACCAAUUGUCACCGUGAAUGGAAGGUUUCCAAGACCGACCAUCUACGCAAGAGAAGGAGAUCGAGUUCUUGUCAACGUCACCAACUAUGCACAAUAUAGCAUCUCUAUUCAUUGGCAUGGGUUAAAGCAAAUUCGUAAUGGUUGGGCGGAUAGACCUACAUACAUAACACAAUGCCCCAUCAAGACUGGACACAGCUACACCUAUGAUUUUACUGUCAUGGGACAACGAGGAACACUAUGGUGGCAUGCACAUAUUUUAUGGCUAAGAGCUACUGUCUACGGUGCCAUUGUCAUCAUGCCGAAAGAAGGAAGGAUGUUUCCAUUCCCUCAACCUCAUGGAGAAAUUAAAAUAAUUCUAGGGGAAUGGUGGAAUUCAGACGUUGAAACGCUUGUAAACCAAGCCAAUAAGUUGGGGUUGCCACCACCAACCUCUGAUAGUCAUACGAUCAACGGGAAACCGGGGCCACUUUUACCGUGUUCUUCGAAACGUAAGUACCAGCUUUAG